CCUGUCUCUACAGAAAAUAUAGAAAUUAGCUGGGCGUGGUGGCGUGUGCCUGUGGUCCUAGCUACUCAGAAGGCUGAGGUUCGAGGAUUGCUUGAGCCCAAGAGUUCCAGGUUACAAUGGCAGUGCUGUGUGUGAUCACACCACCGCUGCACUCCAGUCUGGGCGACAGAGCCAGAGCCUUUGCUUCUGUGUCCUGCGGCUCCUAACGAUGUGGGAUAUUAACUGCAACAUGGACAUCUGUUCAACUUGUACUCAACUCUGAGCGCACAUACACUAUGGAGGCAGCCUGAGUGUGCAGUGUUUAUAGAAGUGGAAUGAGUGGUUCUAAAUAACCAAAGGUUAAAAUCCCAGAAAUCAACAAUAGAAAGGAGAGCUAGGCAUUAAGAGAUAGAAGAAUAUACCUCCCCAAAAUAUGCAUGUUUGAUAUAAGAAUUAUUUUGAGCUGAAGGCACUUGAAGAGCAGCAGGUGCAAGAAGGGCCCUUUGACCCCUUUUCCUGAAAGCAGGAGGUGAACCCUCCCUGGGAAAGGUGCUUCCCUCUACCAGGGGGGUGAUACAGCAUGAUGGCAUGUGGACUGAAGCACAGCAGAAAUGUGUACAAACAGACUUUGUUAAAAUAGCUCUUAUUGCCAGGGGCAGUGGCUCCUGCCUGUAAUCCCAGCACUUUGGGAGACCCAGGCAGGUGGAUCACCUGAGGUCAGGAGCUCCAGACCAGCCUGGCCAACGUGGUGAAACCCCAUCUCUACUAAAACAAACAUACAAAAAAAUUAGCUGGGUGUGGUGGUGUGCACCUGUAGUCCCAGCUACUUGGGCGGCAGAGGCAGGAGAAUCUCUUGAACCCAAGGAGGUGUAGGUUGCAGUGAGCCGAGAUCAUGCCACUGCACUCCAGCCUGGGUGACAGAGUGAGACUCUGUAUCAAACAAACAAUAAAUAGCUCUUAUCUUCCUCCAGCCUCCCCAGGUAUUCCAGUUGCUUUCUCACAAUUAGCUACCCUUUGUUCAGUCCAGGGGAUGAGCACUUACGCCUGACCACUCCAGGUCAUCAUUUUGCCGUGUUCAUGUAAAAAUGGAACGUGUCUGCUUUCUCCCAUUAAUCUGUCUUCUUUUGUCUCAGCCCAUACAGGCUGCUAGGACAAAGUGCCAUGGACUUGGUGGUUUAUAAGCAACAGGAAUUUAUGGUUCACGGAUCUGAUGGCCGGCAAGCCCAAGGUCAUGUUGUGAACAGAUUCAGCUUCUGGUGAGAUCCUGCUUUGUGGUUCACAGACGGGGCCUUCUCACUGUGUUCUUACGUGGUACAAGGGGCAAGGGAGUUCUCUGGGGUCCCUUUUCUAAGGGACUAAUCCUAUUCAGGAAGGCUAGAGUGCAAUCUCGGCUUAACGAAACCUCCGCCUCCCGGGUUCAAGCGAUUCUCCUGCCUCAGCCUCCCAAGUAGCUGGGACUACAGGCACACACUACCACGCCCAGCCAAUUUUUGUAUUUUUUGUAAGGAUGGGAUUUCACCAUGUUGACUGGGAUGAUCUCAAUCUCCUGACCUUGUGAUCUGCCUGCCUCGGCCUCCCAAAGUGCUGGGAUUACAGGCGUGAGCCCCUGCACCUGGCCUAUUCCUUUACUUGCUUCCACUUUAUGGAUUUGCCCCGUAUUCCUUCUUGCCCAAGAUCCAAAACCCCCUCUUGGGGGUCUGGAUCAGGACCUGUUCCUGGCAAUGAAACCACCUGGGCUGGCGGCAAGACCCAGCCUGCCCCCCACCAGGGGACCUGACCCUCCAGUCGGUCCCUCCAACCUGACGCCCCAGGAUUGGGAUGCCCCUCUUUGGACCCUCAUCCUGAUGCUGACCGCCCACUAGAGAUCUUAGGGCUCGCUGCUCCCCGGGACCCCCUUCAAGCUCCAUCAACCACAAUGGUCCCUGCUGCCUCACUCCCACUGCAGCCCCAGCAAACGCCUCUCCAUUCCCUACCCCAACCCUCCAGCCUGAGGCUUAGCUGCCCUCCUGCAGCUCCAAACCCGGGUUGAGAAACCUCUUCAAAUCCCACUCCCCACCCAGGCUCACCUGCCCGUCCGCUCGCCCCUUGCCCCGCCAGCCGUCCCCAUUCCGCUCCCCACCUCCUCACUCCCAAGUAACCCCCAACUCCCCACCCGCCACACUCCUUUAAUCUUCCCUAAUAGUCCCACUCCAGGCCACUGAGACUCCUGUCCUCUCUGGGCUGCGGACCACAUCCUCCCCGCCGCCCAGCGAGCUCCCCGCUACGCCCGCCCCUGGCCAGUCCAGAUCCUCCCAUCCGCUGCCGCCUUCCUUCCGCCCCCACAACCACCCCCAACCUCUUCUAAGAGGCGCCGCCCCAUCCCCGCCCCGACCACCGCCCGUCCCCUCGCCCAGCACUCCCCCCGCUGACGCCACAAAGCCCCUCGGCCGUCUGCCCCCACGCCCGGGCCAGGCCGCGGUCUCCUGUGCUUCGUGGGGCAGACCCAGCCUCUGCCGGCUGCGCCAGGCGCGGUGCGGGGCCCCUCCGCUUGAGUACCCGUCCGCAGGCCUGGGUCACGACCUGAGCCCAACCUGGUCUUCCCCGCUCUCCAUCGCCCGCCUUCCCGCCUCCGCCGCGUCCCUGGAGAGGGUUCCAGAGUCCCUCAACUCGGGUACCCCCCAUCGUGUCUCCCAGGAGCCAUGGAGGUUGUGGAACUCGCCAGAAAGUUGCAGGAGGAAGCUACGUGCUCCAUCUGCCUGGACUACUUCACGGACCCUGUGAUGACCGCAUGUGGCCACAACUUCUGCCGCGCCUGCAUCCAGCUGAGCUGGGAGGAGGCGCAGGGCAAGAAGAGGAGGCGCAAGCGGAAGGGCUCCUUCCCCUGCCCCGAGUGCAGAGAGAUGUCCCUGCAGAAGAGCCUGCGGCCCAAUCGGCUGCUGACCAAGGUGGCUGAGAUGGCGCGGCAGCACCCUGGCCUAGAGAAGCGGGACCUGUGCCAGGAGCACCAGGAGCCCCUCAAGCUUUUCUGCCAGGAGGACCGGAGCCCCAUCUGCGUGGUGUGCAGGGAGUCCCGGGAGCACCAGCUGCACCGGGUGCUGCCUGUCGAGGAGGCAGUGCAGGGGUACAAGUUGAAGCUGGAGGAGAACAUGGAGUACCUACGGGAGAAGAUCACCAGGAUGGGGAAGCUGCAGGCCAGGGAGGAGCAGAGUUUAGCCAAGUGGCAGGUGGAGUUUCGCUCUUGUUGCCCAGGCUGGAGUGCAAUAGUGUGGUCUCAGCUCACUGCAACCUCAGCCUCCUGGAUUCAAGCAAUUCUCCUGCCUCAGCCUCCCAAGCAGCAAGGACUACAGGGCAAGGUGAAGGAGCGGAGAGAACGCAUUCUGCUGGAGUUUGAGAAGAUGAACCUCUACCUGGCAGAGGAAGAGCAGAGGCUCCUCUGGGCUCUGGAGAGGGAGGAGGAGGAGACUACCAGCAGGCUCCAGGACAGCGUGGCCUACCUGGACCAGCAGGGCCACUCCCUGGAGCUGCUGCUACUGCAGCUGGAGGAGCGGAGUACACAGGGGCCCCUCCAGAUGCUGCAGGACAUGAAGGAACCCUUGAGCAGGAAGAACAAUGCGAGUGUGCAGUGCCCAGAGGUCGCCCUCCCAGCCAGACCCAGGACUGUGUGCAGGGUUCCCGGACAGAUCGAAGUGCUCAGAGGCUUCCUAGAGGAGGUGGUGCCGGACCCCAGCUCCGCAUACCCCUACCUGCUCCUGUAUGAGGGCCGCCAGAGGUGCUACCUGGGCUCUCCGCCAGAGGAACACGGCUUCUGCACCAAAGACAGAUUCGUCGCUUACCCCUGUGCUGUGGGCCAGGCGACCUUCUCCUCGGGGAGGCAUUACUGGGAAGUGGGCCUGAACCUCACUGGGGAUGCGCUGUGGGCCCUGGGUGUGUGCAGAGAUGACGUGAGCCGGAAAGACAGGGUCACCAAGUGCCCCGAAAACGGCUUCUGGGUGGUGCAGCUGUCCAAGGGGACCAAGUACUUGCCUGCCAUGUCCACCCCCACCCCCACCCCUGUCAUGCUGAGGGAGCCUCCCAGCCACAUGGGCGUCUUCCUGGACUUUGAGGCCGGGGAGGUGUCGUUCUACAGUGUGAGCGAUGGGUCCCACCUGCACACCUACUCCCAGGCCACCUUCCUGGGCCCCCUGCAGCCUUUCUUCUGCCUGGGGGCGCCGAAGUCUGGUCAGAUGGUCAUCUCCACAGUCACCAUGUGGGUGAAGGAAUAGAUACCAGGCCGGGGGACUCUGGCACUGCCCCCGGCUCUGGAGAAGGCGGGGCCUUCUGCUCACUGCAGGCCACCUGCCAGGGAUCUCUGGCAUCACGCUGGCAGCCAAUAGCCAUGCAGGGGGGGUUCUCAAAGUCUACAACCAUGAUUAAAACCGUCAAACAUUAA